AUGUCACUGCUGACCACAGUUUUGUGGGUAAAGAUUAAAGGCUGUGCUGAGAGCUCAGUGGAAGAUGAUAGGUCUGUCGCGUUACGCCCCCUAGCUCUUAUGGCACUAAAGCUUGUGGAGGUGUUGAAAAACAGGGACAGUUACUGUAUAGGUAACUUUCAGAUAUUGCUGAUCCUGAAGCAGCUUCCCGAUUUCACCAGAAGUUUGAGUAUCACUACUCCUGACCAGAUGAUUGAAAAAGCCAAAGGGGAAACUGCCUAUCUGCCAUGCAAGUUUACGCUUAGUCCGGAGGACCACGGGCCGUUGGACAUUGAGUGGCUACUCUCACCAGCUGAUAAUCAGAAGGUGGAUCAAGUGAUUAUUUUGUAUUCAGGAGACAAAAUUUAUGAUGACUACUACCCAGAUCUCAGAGGACGGGUACAUUUUACAAGUAAUGAUCUUAAAUCUGGUGAUGCAUCAAUAAAUGUAACAAAUUUACAGUUGUCGGAUAUUGGCACAUAUCAGUGCAAAGUGAAAAAAGCUCCUGGUGUUGGAAAUAAGAAGAUCCAGCUAACAGUUCUUGUUAAACCUUCAGGUACAAGAUGCUACGUUGAUGGGUCAGAAGAAAUUGGAAAUGACUUUAAACUAAAAUGUGAACCAAAAGAAGGUUCCCUUCCAUUACGAUUUGAAUGGCAAAAAUUGUCGGACUCACAGAAAAUGCCCACCUCAUGGUUAGCAGAAAUGACUUCAUCGGUUAUAACGGUGAAAAACGCCUCUUCUGAGUACUCUGGGACAUACAGCUGCACAGUCAGAAACAGAGUGGGCUCUGAUCAGUGCCUGCUGCACCUAGACAUUGUUCCUCCUUCAAAUAAAGCUGGGACAAUUGCAGGAGCUAUUAUAGGAAUUUUGCUUGCUCUAGUGCUCAUUGGUCUUAUCGUCUUUUGCUGUCAUAAAAAGCGCAGAGAAGAAAAAUAUGAAAAGGAAGUUCAUCAUGAUAUCAGGGAAGAUGUGCCUCCUCCCAAGAGUCGCACGUCCACUGCCAGAAGCUACAUUGGCAGCAAUCAUUCAUCCUUGGGAUCCAUGUCUCCUUCCAACAUGGAAGGAUACUCCAAGACUCAGUAUAACCAAGUACCAAGCGAAGACUUUGAACGUGCUCCUCAGAGUCCGACUCUCACACCCGCCAAGUUCAAGUACGCUUACAAGACUGAUGGGAUUACAGUGGUAUAAAUAUGAAGGACUACUGAAGAAUCUGAAGUACUGUAUUAUUUGACUUUAUUUUAGACCUCUAGUAAAGACAUAAACACUUUUUGAAAAAAGCACAAGGAACAGAUACUAAUAAGAACAUAUCUGCUUUAUACAAUGGCAUUAGGCAUACACAUCAGAUGUCAUACAGGCCAAAUUUCUUGAUUUAAAAAGACCCCGUUUAGUGUCUGAUAGUUAAAAGAUGUUUUGUUGUAUUUAUAUUUUCAAUUAGCUACCACUAAAAAAUUUUAAAUUUUUUAUAUGAAUAUUUUGAUAUGUGGUCUUUGGGGAAAGCGUGGUUAAUAAAAUGUUGAUUUUUCAAAGAAAAUUUUGAAAUCCUUACAUUCUGUUUAAUUUUUUUUGCUAAAUAUUUAAAUAUAUUGAAGUGAAAUAUCCCUUCUGCUCUUUUUACCUUUCUAUGUACGGAACAGAAACACACAUUGUCAAGCCUCAAACUACUUUUUAUUUGCAACUACAUGAUUUCACGCAAUUCUUCUAAACAACGACAUAAAAUAGAUUUCUUUGUGUAUAAAUAACUUACAUACGCUCCAUAAAGUAAAUGCUCAAAGGUGCUAGAACAGAUCGUCCACUCCUACAGUGUUCUCGUAUCCAACAGAGUUGAUGCACAAUAUAUAAAUACUCAAGUCCAAUAUUAAAAACUCAGGCACUUGACUAACUUUAAUAAAUUUCCCCAAACUAUA